GCGGUGCAGCAUGGGAGAGGGAAGGGGAGGAGCAUCUACAGGAAGUGCCCACACUGCCCACACAGGAGUGAGGAGGACAGGCUGCACUGUAUGUAAGGGCACAGCUGUACAAGGCAGGGAGUAUGAAACCAUACUCUAAGAAAGAACUGCUCAUCCUGGUCAAGUACAGGGACAUGCCACUGGGCAACAACAAGGAGAAGAAGAGGGCGUAUGCCUGCGCCAGGAGAGAGAUCCUCUCGCAGGUGGGCCAGGACAGAACCAUCCGGUCCCUGCAGCGGAGGUGGAGUGACCUGAUGAGGCGUGGACAGCAGAGGCUGCAGAAGCUCCAGUCCAAGCUACGCGAGGAACGUCGCCAGCGUCACCAUAUGCUGCUGCAACAGAGCUGGGAGCAGUAUCAGUGGGGGCAAGAGGAGGAAGAGGAGUCGGCGGAAGGCCCCAGCGGCAGCAUUCCUCCAUCCGCCAUAUGUGGCCAAUCUUCUAACCCUGUGGAGGAGGCAGAGGAGCCGGCAGACGGCCCCAGUGGUAGCAGCCCUCCCCCAGCCAUUUACUUAAAAUCAGAACGUCGCCAGCGUCCCCGCACGCUGCUGCAACAGAGCUGGGAGCAAUAUCAGUGGGGGCAAGAGGAGGAGGAAGAGGAGUCGGCGGAAGGCCCCAGCGGCAGCAUUCCUUCAUCCGCCAUGUUUGGCCAAUCUCAGAGCCCCGAGGAGGAGGCAGAGGAGCCGGCAGGCGGCCCCAGUGGUCGUAGCCCUCCCCCAGCCAAACGUCAGCGCCACCAUGAUCAAAGACUGCGCCCUCAAAGGCUGCUGCCCAGUGAAGUGAAGGAGGAGGUGGCAGAGGAGGAGCCACAUCCAGACCUGAGCAGCCCUCCCCCAACCAAACGUCAGCGCCACCAUGAUCAAAGACUGCGCCCUCAAAGGCUGCUGUCCAGUGAAGUGAAGGAGGAGGUGGCAGAGGAGGAGCCACAUCCAGGCCUGAGCAGCCCUCCCCCAACCACGAUGGCGUCUGCUGAUCUGAGACAGGAGCUGGACUGUUCCAUCUGCCUAAGAAUUUAUACAGAUCCCGUAACCCUGAGAUGUGGUCACAACUUCUGCCGUGGUUGCAUUGAUCAUGUGUUGGAUACACAGAAGGUGUCUGGAGCUUAUACCUGUCCAGAGUGCAGAGCAAAGUCCAAGAAACGUCCUGCACUAAAACGGAACAUAACUCUGUGUAACAUAGUUGGGAGUUUCCGGUCUACUCGGCCAGAUCAGGACGACACUGGGAUCUCCUGCUCUUACUGUAUUCACUCUCCUGUACCUGCUGUUAAAUCCUGUCUGCACUGUGAGGCUCAUCUGUGUGAUAAUCAUCUGAGGCUACACAGCAAGUCACCAGAUCAUGUCUUAUCUGAUCCCACCGCUGCCCUGGGGAACAGGAAAUGCUCCGUCCAUAAGAGGAUUCUGGAGUAUUACUGCACUGAGGACACUUCCUGUAUCUGUGUGUCCUGCUGUCUGAUUGGGGAACACAGAGGACACAAGGUGGAGUCGCUGGAUGAGGCCUCUGAGAAGAAGAAGGAGAAGCUGAGAGAUGUUCUACAGAAACUGAGCACAAAGAGAGCAGAUGCUGAGAAAAGACUCUGGAGUCUGCAGGAGCGCAGCAGUGAAGAUAAGGGAAGAGCAGCUGGUGUAGCAGAGAGAGUCACUGCCCUGUUUAGAGACAUCAGGAGACAACUGGAAGACCUGGAGAAGAGAGUCCUGAGUGAGAUCUUCAGGCAGGAAGAACGUGUUUCCCUCUCAGUCUAUGAUCUGAUCCAGCAGCUGGAAGUAAAGAAGGAGGAGUUGUCCAGGAAGAUCAGUCAUUUUGAGGAUCUGUGUAACAUUUCUGAUCCAGUGACUGUCAUACAGGAACCUGACACAGGUGACGUGUGUGAUACUGAGGAGCUGUGUAACAUGUCUGAUCCACUGACUGUCUUACAGGAACCUGACAUAUAUGACUUGUGUGAUACUGAGGAUAGGAAGAGACGUCAUACUCAGGUCCAUGAUGGAAGAGAUCUGGAUGUGGGUCUGAUCUCAGGGACAUUACACACGUUGUCUGAUAUAAUAACAGAUGUAAAUACAGGAAUCUAUGGGCAGGAGGCUACAGACCUAUUACUGGAUGUAACCGCAGCUGUUAAAAUAGAAUCUGAUAUAGCAACAGGUACAAAUACCGGGGACUAUGUGCUGGAAGCUACGGACACAUUACUGGAUGUAACCCCAGUUGUUAAAACAGAAUCUAAUAUUCCAGGUAUCUGUGUGCAGGAAGCUACUGACACACUAGUGGAUGAAAUCAGUGCUGAGAAUACAGAAUCUCGUAUAACUGAUAUAACCGGUAUAAAUACAGGUAUCUGUGUGCAGGAAGCUACAGACACAUUAAUGGAUGAAAUCACAGCUGAGACCUCAGAAUCUGAUAUAACAACAGAUAUACAUACAGACAUCUCUUUACAGGAACCUGUAGACAUAUUCCUAGAUGUAACCACAUCUGGUAAUAAUAUACUUAUAUCAAGUGACGGGAAAACGGCGUCCGUAACACGAGAGAGAUUUCAGUAUACUCAGGUGAUCAGCACUAAGGAAUUCCCAUCAGGGCAAUAUUACUGGGAUGUGGAUGUCCGAAAGUCACAGAGCUGGAGGGUGGGGAUGUGUUACCCCACUAUAGACCGGAAAGGACGUCCGUCAUACAUUGGAGAGAAUGACAAGUCCUGGUGUUUGCGGGGGUUUAAUAAUCAGUACUCUGUGAUACACGACAGUCAAGAGAUCCGGUUACCUGAAAAAAUCAUCUGUAACAAAGUGAGGAUAUACCUGGAUUAUGAGGCAGGAGAACUGUCCUUUUAUUCUCUGCGUGACCCCAUCAGACACUUACACACCUACAACACCACCUUCACCGAGCCCCUCCAUGCUGCACUGUGGUUAUGGAGAGGUUAUGUAACUAUAUCUGGGGUGGGGUCAGGAACUGGGAGAAAUGAUGAUGAGAAAUCUGCCUAGAGACUGCUGACAUCACUAGGAGGGGAAUCUGGUGGGACACAUAGCCAAUAGACGGAUGAUGUGGGUGGAUUCACAGCUGUGCUCAUCAUGUAUUGCACCAGCUGAUUGGUGUUAUAUGUCUAACUUACUGACAGCUGUGAUUGGCUGCAGUAAACUGUUUUAUGCCUGCUCCUAUUGGUCGUUGUGUAUGAAGGGGGUGUUGCCUCUUUAAAGCUCCACCUACUGGAUGUUCCAUGAAUAUUCCUUACGUUAUGAAUAUGUAAUUAAAAAGAAGCGUCUGUUUAUAGGUGUAUUUGAUAAAUUAAACUUUUAUUGAUAUAAUAAAAGUAGAUAACUUUGUAAAACAAAAAUACAAAUAACAGCAAUAUUUAAGUUAAAAAUAACAGAAAACAGUGUUUGUAGUUAGAAUAUGUAUGUGAAUACAAAAAAAUAAUGUUCUACGGUGUGUUUUUUAUACCACA